AUGGUUGCUAUUGAAGACAAAGCUGCGCCAGGAACGCUUCAGCUUAUUGAUGCCACAGGGCAGCUCCAUGUCAAGCAUUCCGAAGCAGCUCAUGAUGUCGUCUUGAUCCCUAUGCCCUCAGGUAUGAUCCCCAACCUCAUUGAAUACAUUAUGCUGACAAAAAAGAUGACCCAGAAGAUCCGUUAA